GUCCGGCGGCGCGUUGGGGUCUGCGGCCGCCGCGGGAGGUGGAACCCGGCCCCGCCCCUGCGUGCUCCGCCCUACUCAUGGCGUCCCGGGGACGCGCUUGUGCUCCCCUUGGUGGCUGCUGGGGCCGAGGAGGUGGCAGCGGUGCGUCCCUGGCAGUUUCUUUCUUUCAGAGGCUGCUGAUGUUGGGAAUAAGGCUUUGAAAUUCCUACCCAUGAAACUGAAAAUUGCAUUUGUCUGGGCUCAAAAGUUAGGCCUAAAAAAUAUAACAUUCUUCUAGCAUUAAAACGUCAACUGGAUCUGAAAUGUCAAAAAAGUUCUUUACCAGCAGAUUUUAAAAACUGAAGGAAGAUGUCUUUUUUCCCCAAAAUCUCUUUCAAACAUGAAGUUGAAGAGUAUCUCACCAAAGUGUUCAGAAAUAACGAGCUUAUUGCUGCUUUAGGUACACAGGAGGUGGAGAGUAAAUAUCAAUCUCUGUUAAGUCAUCUAUCUCAUCCACCGGCUUUCACAACUGUUAGAGUUAACACCCACUUGGCCUCAGUGAAACACGUGAAAAAAAUGCUGUUUGAAGAGAUCCAGAGGCAAUUUAAAGGACUAUGUGUUCCAGUUCUUGAGCACCCGAAACUCCAGGACAUCUUAUUAAUUCCUGUCAUUGGACCCAGGCAAAAUUUAAAAAAACAUGCCUCUGAAGUCAUUGUUGGAGCCCACUGUGGAUAUGCAGUACUUCGAGGAGCACAUGUUUAUGUUCCUGGAAUCGUAUCUGCCUCAAGAUUUAUGAAAGCUGGAGAUCUGGUCUCAGUGUAUUCAGAUGUUGAAGGGAAAUGUAAAAGAGGAGCCAAAGAAUUUGAAGGAGUGAAAGUUUUCCUUGGAAAUGGGAUUUCAGAACUGAGUCGCAGUGAAAUUUUUAGUUCAAGCGGCCCAUUGAAUGGGAUGGGCGUAAGAAUGAUAGAGCCAGUCUACCUUAGUCCUUCGUUUGACAGUGUGCUCCCUAGUAAUUUGUUUUUACAGAACUUGCCUUCUGUGGUUGUGAGCCAUAUUUUAAACCCUCAACCAGGAGAGAGAAUUUUGGAUAUGUGUGCUGCACCUGGAGGAAAAACAACCCAUCUUGCAACAUUAAUGCAUGACCAGGGUGAAGUAAUAGCCAUGGACAAGAUAGCUAACAAGGUCAAAAAAAUUAAGCAGAACGCUGAAUUGCUACAGUUGAAUUGCAUUAAGGCCUUUUGCUAUGAUGGGACAAAGGCACUUUCAGUUGAGAAGAGAGAGGAUGAACAAGAGGGACCUCCAUUCUUACCAGAGUCAUUUGAUCGAAUUCUUCUUGAUGCUCCAUGUAGUGGGAUGGGACAGAGACCAAACAUGGCUUAUUCCUUGACUUUAAAGGAAGUCACCUCUUAUCAGCCACUACAGCGCAAGCUUUUCACUGUGGCAGUGAAAUUGCUGAAGCCAGGAGGUGUUUUAGCAUAUAGUACAUGUACAAUUACACUCUCUGAAAAUGAGGAGCAAGUUGCUUGGGCCCUGAAAACUUUUCCAUGCCUACAGCUUCAGCCACAGGAACCUCACAUUGGAGGAGAAGGCAUGAGGGGAGCUGGACUGUCACUUGAUCAGUUGAAGCUGCUGCAGAGAUUUGAUCCAUCUGCUGUGACGUUGCAAGGAAUGGAUAUUAAUUCUUUGCAAGAUUCCAGGGAAGAUGAUCUGAUUUCACUGGCAAAUAAGGACUGUAUAGGAUUUUUUAUUGCAAAAUUUGUUAAAUCGAACAGCAAAUAAGCAUUUAGGAACGGAACGUGAAAAAAUAUGUCUGUGAGUCUAGGAACAGUUCAGAUGUGAAGCGUGCUUCUUACUGCUGCAUUGUUGCCAAGCCAACGGGCUGACGGCUGGGUUGCUAUGGCAGCAAUAAAAUCUGCCAGCUGUUCUGCUGGGAGAGAGCCACAGGUUGCAGAAAGAAAAUCAUGUUGGGGGAAGGGUAGUAUAAUUUUUUAAGUCUCCAUUUGCUUUUGUAUUUACAGCAGGUCAGUGCAUGAACGACAAGUAUGUUCACUCAUACUGCUGCCCGUUCUGUCUUUCCUCAUGUGAGUUGCUUAUCUAGUGCAGAAGCGGAGGAACAGGGUUCCUCUGAGAGGAGUCGUAAGCUACUUUAUGAAAUGCAAACAUAAAUAAAGUAAAUGGGAACUAUUACCAUUUGGAAAAGGUAGCUUCUAUGGAGGUUUACGAAUAGUUAAUGUUUCAUUAAAUAGUGCUUCACGAAACACUGUAACAUUUUACAAAGAACUGUUUUAUAAAUUGAUACUUAGAACCUCAUUUCUCUUUUAUUUUAAUACAAGCAAGAUUCUCUGUACACAUAGUAUAUACACAAAAUACGAUUAGGCUUUGUAGCAUGUCUUUAUAGCAGCAUGAAUAUAUUAAACCAUCUCACUCUGGGAAUGUAAAUAAAUAUUGUUUCAACAUCAAACUUCCCAUGCAUAAACUGUAUUGGUUCUGAAAUAGCCCGUUGGACUGGCUGACAAGUGACAAUUUUAAAAUCAAACAUUUGCAACAGAAGGGGCCACACUUGUGAUUAAUAUAUCAAAAGACAGAAAACAAUGCAUAAUACCAUCUGAAAUGUCGCAAAUCAUCUUUCAAACAAGUAAGAAUAGUAACUGUUUUGGUUAGAAAGCAUCACCAGCUAAAAUCAUAUGAAGAUUGAAACUGGGGAAGCAUGCUAAUUGGAACUUCCUUAAUACACUGCUCAAAGUUUUAAUAAUCUAAAUUUCUUAAAGGUGUUUGUUAGAUGUAUUUGAAAAUUCUGCGUCAGAUCCAGAGAUGUUCUCUGCUUGAACAGUAUUCUUUUCUCAGUACUGCUGGACCUGACAAUAGCACUAAAAUUAGCGGGACAAGGUAAGUACAAUUCAAAAACCUACACUGACAUCUGUGUGUGUUUGGUUUUUCCCCCUCAUUCAUCAAUUUCCAGUUUUUAAAAGAACUAUCUGAAAAAUGUCUGGCUUUUCACACACAGCUAUUUGAUUAGAUUAAAAAGAGCAAUGCUUCUUUCAUAAUUGGUCUUUAUACUGCCAGAAGUGCUUUUGCAUUUGCUCACAGUCAAAACAAUUUAUACAAUUCUGUUUCUCAGUAGUCUGGUUGUUUACUUAUAUUUGCUAUAAAUGUUCUGAUACCGUAUGUUUUGUACUGUUCUUAAAUAAAACAAACGUCCCUUCUUC